GACAGGGUGACUAAUACCAGGGAACACCAGGUGGGCUCCAGCUCAUUUCCAUCAAGCUUCCUUUCUAAUCUUCUAUCAUUCCCUGAAAGAUGGCAGACGGAUUCUCCCACGUUGGAAAGGAAAACUGCAGUGAUCAGGCACGAAGAGGCCAAGUCUCUGGUCCACGCUCACAAUUCCAGAGAAGUUUCAUCCAGAGAGUAACGUUGCUGGGAAAGCUGCCUACCAGUUUUGUCCUCCAUCGUGAAAAGAAGCAGAAGGUUGCUGCUAUCCUGGGGAUGGACCAAGAAGCCAUGAAGUCUCUUCCAGAGGGAGACUUACAAGAUUACCUGCUGAGUAAGGUGGAACUGAGGCGCCAGCAGAUUUCUCAGAGUGUGGAGGAGGUGCAGAAAGUUAUCCACUGUCUGACGGCAGAGAUCAGCCACCAGGACAGUCGAUUCCAAGCGGUGCCUGCCUCUGACACAUACAAUGACAGCAUUAAGGUUUUGGCUCCCAGACUGUUCCAUGUCACAGUCCCUCUGAAAGGCCUCGCAGGAUACACGGCGGCCCGGACACAGCGCUGGCGCUACUACAACCUGCAGGGCACCAAGCUCGCCUGCCCUUUGCGGGACCCCGAGGGCCUGCAUCAGUGGCUGGAGACUGAGCAGUUCAUGAAGACCCUGUGGCAGUGGCACCAGGCAGACGUGAACAUAGAGGGGGACAUCGUGCCUGCCAAAGUCCUCCAGGUGUUCCGGGCGCUGGUGGAAAACGCAGUGAGAACCUGCCACCUCUCGGGCAAGGUCAGUGUGCUAGCAAACCGAGCUGCUGUUUGGGUUGCUGUGGAAACGUCCACAGGCCAGGUGGAGCUAGAGCUGGCCCCUACAGUGGAGAUCCCCACCGCCUGGUCCGAGAAAGCCCAGUGGCCUAGGUGUCUGAAGCGGUGGCCUUCCCCAGAGAGAGUGGAGUGCAUCAAGUCAUUUGGGUUCAACUUGGUGGCCCGGUCCAGUUAUCACUGGCAGCUGAGUUUCCCCCAGGCAGAACAGGUGCUGUUUGAGCAAUUGGAUGAGGAUGGGGGCUGCCGCAGGCGAUGCUUUCAGGUCCUGAGGCAGCUGAAGGAGGAUGUGUGGUGUCCAGGGCAGAGGCCAGUCAUCACCACCCACCACCUGCAGACCGUGCUCUUCUGGACGUGUGAGAAAUACCCACACCUCAAGGACUGGCAGGCCUUCCAUCCAGCGCUCCUCCGCCUGGUCCGGAAGCUGCACAGAUGUGUGAGCCAGCGCUUUCUGAAGCACUAUUUUGUCCCAAGGAGCAAUCUCCUGCAGUCAGCCAACCCCAGUGAGCUGGAUGCUGUGGCCCAGAGGGUGGCCUUCUUCCUAAAGAAUCCACAGGUCACUCUGCCCUGAGGUGGCCCAGGGAGUCCUUGCUCCAUUCCUUUGUGCUGACCUUGUUCCCAGGGUGGUUCCUCCGCCAGCGGCCGGGACCCAACGCUAAGAGAAGGGCCACCAAUGCCGGAGAAUAAAGCAGGCCAGCAGCUCACUCAUCAGAAGCAAAUGCUCCUGCCCCAGGUCCCGCAAGCAUUUCACCUUCCCUACCUCUCUCAGGGACAGCUCUCAUCCAGCUUCCCCGAGUGACCGAUUGUCCUUGCUCAGGUUCUCACUGUCUGACAAGGGGAACGGAGAUGGGCUCAGGGCCGGCCAGGUAUUAGCCUGCUGCCGGAGAAUGCUCAGACUGGCUGGACCAGGACCCACACACUGACCGACAGCCCACCGGUGGCUGGUGUCUCUUCAUGACUCUCUGUCCUCCAGCUCCAAGCAGUGGCCAGUGGUCCAGGCUCCUGAGCUGUUCUGAUGUUCCUCUGACAAAUAUGUGGAGUCACAAAUAUGUGAGAGAAAGUUAGUACAGAUCCAAGAAAAGGGCACAGCUGGGACUCUACCUGCCACCUGGCUCUAGUCACAGCCCUCUCUGCCACGGUCAAGCCUAGAACUUGCUUCCACUUCGGGAAUAAGCUCCAUGGUUGGCCUUGCAUGGACCCACCUCCGUGUCACUCACAUCUGGAUGUCUUCUUUACUGAAAUCCCUUCACUUACUUGUGGACACGUAGAUACUCACUAGGUACUAAGAACACAGCAAAGAACAAGACAGACUCCCUGGAGAAGACAGGAAGUGAACAGCAGAUCACUGAACUCAGUCACUACACAUAGAAGGAAGUCUGCUAGAACAAGGUCACAGAGAUCCCGAGGGAGAACAUGUGGACAGCUAAAAGGGCCGUAAUGGUGACCUCAGGCAGGCUGGGGUGGGUAGACAUGGGUCCCUGGCUGUGUAAAGCUGGGGAAAUUGGUAUGAUUGUGUUCUGGAAUCAGAGGUGCAGCAUUUGCCUCCAACAAGCACACUUCAGAUGAUGGCUCUGGUGACCAUACCCGGAAGGACUCUGCGGCCCCUGCACCUCUCCAUUCUGAAGUGCACCGAGGCCCACAGCAUCACACAUCUGCACCCUGUCUGGGGAUUCCAAGUGCUCUCUGAGAGAAUGGCUUCUUUGGGUGUUUCCUUAAUGUUUCUCAACUCUGGGGAAUCCUUUAUGGCCUUUGAACAUUCUCCAAUAACAAAUAUGCUUAACAAAGCAAUAUCUCUAAAAGCACAACCCACUGGUGUGGGAGGCUUUGAAGGAACCUGUGUGCCAAGGACUGAACCUGAGGCCGUUGACAUGCUGAGCAUGUGCCCUGCCAAUGAGCUAGGCUGACUUUAUUUUGAGGCUGGAUCUCACUAAGUUGCCCA